AUGCCAGAAUUUUGUAGCUCUUCAGAUAAUAGUGAUGUACAGAGUUUUUUGAGAUCUGCAAGUGCUACAAUGACUAAAGAACGAUGCCUUCUAGCUAGGAAAUGGACGGAAAAUCGCAGUGAACCUAAAUUAUGGAACGAGUUACGGUAUGGUCGGAUUACAGCAUCUCGACUCUACGAAAUGGCACAUUGCACAACGAAGCGCGGGUCGCUGGUAGAGCAGGUUAUAGGAAACUUGAACAUCAGAUACACCGAAGCAAUGGAGAGAGGAAGACGAUUAGAAAAAGAUGUCAUAAGGUUAAUGAAAGAGAUAUUGAAAACAGACAUAGAGGAUUGUGGACUACUCUUGGAUUCGAGGUUCCCUGUUAUCGGUGCGUCACCUGAUGGCGUGGGAAAUGACUUUGUAGUUGAGAUAAAGUGUCCAAUGACCCCUAAAGCAGAAUCUAGUUACAUCACAGCAAACUAUCAAGUGGCGAAUAAAUUUCUAGCUCAAAUUCAACUCCAGAUGUUUUUAAAAAAUGUGAAAAAGGGUUAUUUCUGUGUAGCCACACAUGAUUUUGAAACAAGUCAUGCAAUCAAACUGAUCUGUGUAGAAUAUGAUAAAGAUUUUCUUCUGGAUCUCAUAGAAAAGGCCAUGGCUUUUUGGCCAGAGAAUAUUUAUCCACUCAUUUUUCAAUCUGCAAAGAGCUAG